UCUCAUGUCACUGACGUCAUUUUCCCCUUCCUGGUCAGACACAACAGCAAUGGCGGCGGCGGCACGGUUUCUGUUGAGGACUGCAGGCUCAAAAGCCUCUAUCACAAACGUGAACAGCUGUGUGCACAGCAAAUUGGGACUAACGCUGUUUAGGGUGUCUCCUAGUUGCAUCCCCCAUGCUAAGACGCAGAAACGACACGCAGCUCAUUUCACCUUUCAGCCCGACCCCGUCUCAACUAAAUAUGGUUCCACGCAGAAGAUGAACCUGUUCCAGUCUGUUACAAGUGCCUUAGACAACACCCUUGCCAGUGACCCCACUGCAGUCAUCUUCGGUGAAGACGUGGCCUUUGGCGGCGUGUUCAGGUGCACCGUGGGGCUCAGAGAUAAGUAUGGUAAGGACCGCGUCUUCAACACCCCUCUCUGUGAGCAGGGCAUCGUUGGAUUCGGCAUAGGGUUAGCCGUCGCGGGAGCCACCGCCAUCGCCGAGAUCCAGUUCGCCGACUACAUCUUCCCUGCCUUUGAUCAGAUUGUAAAUGAAGCUGCCAAGUACCGAUAUCGCUCAGGCAACCUGUUUGACUGCGGGAACCUGACCAUCCGGGCGCCGUGGGGCUGUGUGGGGCACGGCUCUCUCUACCAUUCCCAGAGCCCCGAGGCUUUCUUCGCCCACUGCCCAGGCAUCAAGGUAGUAAUACCCAGAGGGCCAGUCCAGGCCAAAGGCCUUCUCCUCUCCUGCAUCGCCGACAAGAACCCCUGUAUAUUCUUCGAGCCCAAGAUCCUGUAUCGAGCUGCAGUGGAUCAAGUCCCCGUGGAGCCUUACCAGAUCCCACUCUCACAGGCUGAGGUCUUGCAAGAAGGGAGUGAUGUCACAUUGGUUGCCUGGGGAACGCAGGUCCAUGUGGUAAGGGAGGUGGCUGCCAUGGCACAGGACAAACUCGGUGUGUCCUGUGAGGUCAUCGACUUGCAGACCAUCCUGCCCUGGGACACAGAGACUGUUUGCAAGUCGGUGGUGAAAACAGGACGGCUGCUGAUCAGUCAUGAGGCUCCAGUGACGGGAGGAUUCGCUGCUGAGAUCAGCUCUACAGUCCAGGAGGAGUGCUUCCUGAAUCUCGAGGCACCGAUUGCAAGGGUUUGUGGGUACGACACGCCUUUCCCCCACGUCUUUGAGCCCUUCUACAUCCCUGACAAGUGGAAGUGCUUUGAUGCUGUAAAACGGAUGAUCAACUACUGAGGCACAGAACUGCUUGGAGCUCAGAGUUCUCCAUCCCUCCACCCAUCAGACUGAACCUCAUUUUUUCCCAGUACAUAUUGACCGCAGAGAUAGCGCACAGACUUUUUCAUAUGCAUUAGUGAACUGUUUUUGAGGUAGUGGAUUCAUUCGCUCAUUCUGCCUUGUCCAGUCACUGCCCAGAUGUGGCCCUGGCCGUCGACGGUCUGCAGACAGGAAACUGUUGUUGAACACUAAUGGACAUUGUGUACCAGCACCGAGGAAUGCUGGGUAAAUGUCCUCCACACUUUAUCUCGCGAUGUGGUUGAAUUUGUAUCCUCUUUCAUCUUGUCUUGUCUGUUUGUGAUGUAGCUGUACUAAACUGAGGGGAAUAGGUUUUUCAUGGAAUAAAAGGACCUUGCAGUGGUA